UAUGCUGUCUAGUAACUUCUGCGCCAUAGAUUGCAAGACAUAAAGGAUUAUUACUCAUCAGCCAAGGAAGUAAUUCAAAAGGUAAAUGCUCCGUAGGGUAUAUCAGAAACUGCAAUCCGUACUUUCGGUUCACGUCAAACGUAUGCAACCCACUUCAUCACGUCUGGCAGGAAAAAUCCUGAAAUUGGAGAGAAAGGAAACUUGGGAGACAGAAUGGAACGACGGAAAUCCCGCUUGGCACCGAAAAUAUGUCAGUCCCAUGUUGAUAAAACAUUACGAUGAAUUCACAUCGGGCCGGAGGAAUCGUAGGAUUCUUGUUCCUCUAUGUGGAAAGUCGCUGGACAUGAUUUGGUUGGCAGAUCAAGGCCACACUGUUGUUGGCGUGGAAAUGAUCCGAAAAGCAAUUGAAACGUUCUUUGAGGAGAACAAAUUACUAUACGACGUAAACACCGCGCAAACUUCAGCCGGGGGUACUAUCAACUUGUUCAAGGCCAAGAACAAGGACCUUACUCUGAUAGAAUGCAAUAUAUUUGAUUUGUCACGCGAGGUUUAUCACAACAAGUUUGAUUGCAUUUGGGAUCGCGGAGCGUGCACUGUGAUCACAAUGAUGGACGAAGCUCGUCUGAAACAGUACGUGGACGUUUUAUUGUCAUCUUUACAAUCUGACGGACGAUAUUUUGUGAUGACUUUUCGCCAUGAAUCGGGGAAGAACGAAGGCGAAUGGAUCAGUCAUCUUCCUGAAGAUAAACUUCUUGAGUUGUGCGGUGAUCGAUGUAAAGUGGAAUUAGUUGAACAGGAUGACAUAAAAAACGAUCCUGCCCUUUUAGAGGCGUACGCGACAGCUCCUCAGCAUUCGAUAUUUUAUUAUUUUGUAACCUUGAAGUAACAUUUUAGCACAUGAAUGUUAGCGCUUCUCGUCUUCUCAAGCACUAAAUGUCACGCAAUACCCCAUAGCUGUGUAAAGUCUGGAACUGGAUCAGAGGCACUUUAAUUGUGGACAAGGAAUGUCUCUUAACUUAGCCGAGACUUCUAUAGGGUCUUAUAAAUGCUUAUGUCAGGCACUCCGUUAAGUCAUGCUCUCCAAGAGGCUCUCUCUUGAGAGGCAUGAGAUUAAUUACUCUUUAGGAAAGUUUAAAAUGUUUUGAAUUUUUUUUUAGUAUGCAUCAAGCCAGCUCUGCCCCAUCACCAAGGCUAUCAAUUGACUGAUAAGCAAGAUUAUCAUGAAGUACUUCUGGCAGUGGGAUGUAUAAAGGGUAGAAAGCAUGAUGGAGUUAGGAUAGAGUUAUGAUGAGGACAUCUGGUAAUUGUAAAACUCUAUUAGAUGGCAUAGUUUUUUUUUAUAAUAUUCACAGGUACACUAAAACAACCAUGGUUGGUCCAUGCCGAGUCCACAGGCUCUUUGGGAAUGUUGGUUGUGUAAAUGGUGUUAAGAAGAUUAAAGAGUGAAAUUGAAAAUAUUGGUUGGCCAAGCCAAAAAGAUGUUCAUUAUCCUAAAUUUAUAACAGGCCACCAGCAACUGGGCAAAGUUGUGCACAAGAUUGGGUUGCAAGUGGAGCCUUGCUUUUGCUCAUCAUUGUAAUUUUUAUCGGCAUUCUUGAAUCAUUACAAGUUAUGUUUUGUAUGUGUUAUAAAAUACACCGAGCCUUUAUUCAGGCA